CUUUUAUUUGAUAUAAAUUUUAUUCCUUUUUGUUCAAAAUAAACAAAUGUUUCGAGAUACACAAUGGAUCAGUGAUUCAAAAGUGAAAAAUAAAAAAAAUAAAGCCAAGCGAAGACAUACUGAUCCAAGUUCUGAUACUUCAUCAACAACAUCAUCUGAUAAAGCCAGUCAACUUAGUAAUAGUGAUGAAAUAUUGACAAUAAACUCAUUUUAUGACCCUUUGCCACCUUCAGAUCCAAAAGUAUUACGAAAUAUCGAAGGAGGGGAAUAUUUUUUACCAAGCGCUGAUAAAAAUAUUGAAAGAUUACAAAUGCAACACUAUUUAUUUAGUAAAUGUGUUUGGAGAAGUAAUUAUUCUUCUCCACUUGAAGAAAAUUUUGAGCUUGGGGGCGCAAAAGUAUUGGAUGUUCAAUGUGGAAGUGGAAUUUGGAUGAGCGAUUUAGCUACGGAAUAUUCUAAUUCAACAUUUGUUGGUAUAGAUGAUGAUGCGGAACGUGCAAGAAUAGAAAUGGAAUUACCCAAUGCCGCAUUUCUUCAUCACAAUCUAAUGGAAGGGUUACCUUUUCCUGAUGAUACUUUUGAUUUCGUACACCAAAGAUUUUUUACUUCUGUGAAUGAAGCUGAUUGGGAAAACUAUAUUCUACCAGAGAUUGUUAGAAUAUUGAAACCUGGAGGAUGGGUAGAGUUAAUGGAAAUGCAACCUUUGUCCAAUGCUGGUCAUACGACGAAAAAAAUAUUUAAAGCUUAUGAUGAAUUUAAUUUGAAAAUAGGAAUUCAUCAAUUAAAUCCUUGUGUGUUUCAAAAAGCUUUAACCUCCAACAAGAUGAUUGAUUCUAGCACCGUACAUUCAGAUCAUAGAAUUACUCCACUUUUCGGUGGAAGACUUUCUCAACUGGUUUGUCAGAAUCUCUUUAAACGGUUAGAAUUAAAGAAAAAAGAAUUUUGUGAAUUUAUGAAUAUGAAUGAAUCAGAAUUUAAUGGAGCCAUAAAUACUAUGUACGAUGAAGUAAAUAAACUCAAGACUUAUUGUAAGACAUACAGAGUUUACGGAAAAAAAAGUUCAUGAUGUAUGGUGUAUGAUUUAUGAUGGUGAUGUGUAAUGUGUCCAUGGUUGUAAUAUAAUAUCAUUGUAAGUUGUAUAUAGAUUAUGCCCCCUUUUUUUGCUUGAUCAUUUAGAAUAUUAUUAAAUUAACUUUGUAAAUUUCCUACAAUUAGUUCUUUCUAAUUUAUAUUUUAAUUUCAUAGAAUUUUUGGAUAUAUUGAUUUAUAUUUUAUUUUAUUUUUAUUUAUUUUUAUUACAUAGAGAUAACAUAGGCAAUGAUGGGA